AAUUUCAUCGAAAUUCUAAUGCAGUUUUAGAAAACGUUUCACUAUAAUAGUAAAUGUAUUUCAAUUUAAACGCAAAUAUUUGUUAAUUUGUCUGUAAUCACAGGAAAAGUUAUAAAUUAUUUACCUGGAUAAAUAAUGUCGACCACGAUUCCACAGGAUGUCGAAGCUAUAGUGUGAACUGAUAUGCAGUUAAUAAUGAAGUACUAUGUAUUUUCACAGCAAUUAGGUAAAAAUAAUGAAAACAGUGUUAACAGUUUAACAAAAUCAUCUAGUACAGAAUUAUAGAAAAACAAUAAAUUGUUUAAUAACAAUAUUAAUUCGUUUAUAACUUGAGAUUAUAUGUAGAUACUAACCAUGAUUGUUUUCAAUCUUUGGUCGGUAUUGCAGUGGUAUUUGAGACCCAUUAUUAAAUGGUUCCUUAGAAAAACAACUCGGUUAUGCGAGUUACAAAGAAUAUGUUACGGCGAGAAAGCUGGAGCUUCAAGAACUUGCAAAGUUGAAACAUCAUUGAUGUUGUCUCGUACAAAAGACAUAAAAGAGGUUGUUUCACAUUUAGAUGCAACAGUUUUAGACCAUACAUUUGUCAUAGAAAAUUUUCGCGACAUUGUCGACCCAGCAGUUGGUAUUAUUAUACGAUCUAAACAAAUAAAAGCUAAAUUACAUGGAUCAUUCAUUGUAUCAAUCCGAAGGUGUUUAGAACAGAUUUGGAGUUACAGGAGUUUAAUGAAUAAGGUAGAGCAGCUACGCAAAAUUCAAUUUGACAGCAAUGAUUUGAAACAUGAGGAGAAGCUUUUAAAAUUAUGGUCAUUGUUAGUACCAAAUGAAGCUUUAGAGAACCGAGUCUCAAAACAAUGGCAGUCCAUUGGUUUUCAGGGUGAUGAUCCAAAGACUGAUUUUCGUGGCAUGGGAUUACUUGGACUUGAAAAUUUAUUAUUCUUCGCUACUGAAUACUCACAGGCUUCUAGUCAUGUGUUGAGCCACUCCCAUCACCCUAAAUAUGGAUACACAUUUGCUAUUGUAGGCAUCAAUAUCACAUCAAUGGCAUACCAUCUACUGAAAGAUGGAUCUGCUAAGACUUACAUGUUCAAUGUCAAGAGAUAUUUACCCGAUAUUAAUUUGUUUCAUAGAUUUUACUGUUAUCUUUUCUAUGAAUUUGAUAAAAUGUGGAUAGAAUCAAAACCUCAAAAUAUAAUGGAAUUUUCAGUUAUAUUCAAAAAAUUUGAGAAUGCAGUGAGAACACAACUAGCAGAUCCAGCCUCUGUUUUCAGAAUAAACAUUGAGGUUGAUACAGUGUAAUAGUUUAAUAAUUAUUUAAAGUCAUUUCAGUUUGGAUUGUAUGAAGUUCAUAUUUAUAGACCUUGUUGUAAUACACUUAGCUUUUUGUAACAAUUUGACACAUACAUACAUGGUAAGAAAAAUAUUUCUUGUCAGUUAAAAGUUUAUGAAUUAUUAUAUUGUUACUUGAGUUAGUUGGUGUUUUAUAGGUAAAUUAGCUAUGCCAUUUAUGAAAUAUUUAAAUAUACCUAUGUACCUUGACUGGAUUACAAAAUCAUUAUCACAUCAUAAUCAUAGUCAACCAUUUUGUGAAAUAGUGCAUGUCUUAGAAUUGAUUAACCUAUUUUAUUUGUCUUGGCCAAAUUAAUGACCAGAGAUCAUUUUGCUAUAUGAACAACUAAAAUAAAAAUAAUUGAUACAAUGAUACAUAGGUACGAAUUUUCAAAUAUUAAGGUUCUACAUGUAUGACAACAUAACACGUCAUAGUUUUAUUAUUCACCAUCUCCGUAGUGGUGCAUUGUUUACCUACAUUUUUACUUCUAUGUACAUCAUAAUGGAAUUGGUUAAAUUGCCUUGAAAGAAAAAUUAAUAAGGUAAUAAAUAUCAGUAUUACACAAAAUGCUUGACUACAUUUUGAAAUAAGUAUGAUGAACUCUAUGAACUAUCCAUGACAUACAAAGGUUAAAACUCACUUAAUUUAGUGUAAAUUCAUUUAAAAAAGACUGCACUAAGUUAUAAACUAAAUUAUAUUAAUUGUUGUGUAUAUAAAACUUCACAAAACUACACCUUGCUGAUAUAAAAGUUAGUCGUAUUGUUUCUAUGCAUCUCACUUUGCACAUGCACAUGAAUUCAGGCUCAUACAAAUCACGUGACGAUCUUUUUAACAGAGUAUGUAGAACUAGCUAGUUUCUCUGUGUGUAUUACUUUUUCAAAUAGAUAUAUGCACUAUAUAUUUCGUCGCUUUUUCUCCUCUAUAUUGUAGUGAUAGAAACAUAUAGAUUGGAAUAGUCAAGCAUACCUUGGAACAAAAAUACCUGUAGGUAUUAUAAUAAAGGAAAGAAAUAACACAUAUUUUCAGGAAACAUAAUUUUUAGACAGUAAACAUCCAUCAAUGUUUGUGAUUUUUGAUUGAUUAACCUUUCGAAUGUUUGUCAUCUGACGCAGCGACCGGAAGUGAAGAUGCGGUAUGCGCGCGCCAGCUAUAUUUU